AUGGUCCCUCGAAAGACUUACAGAGCACGCAAACAACUGAUUUUACUCGUCAUAACACGAGUUAAAAAACUGAACCUGAUGCUUUUACGUGACGCAGCUGUGGAGCUGUAGUCCAGCCCGGUUCCGAGUCCGCUCCCUCUCCCGGGCUCACGGAGGAGUCACGUGUGCAGGGCUGAGAGCGAGCGAAUGAGAAACGGAGAGCGGGAGAGAGAGAGCGAAUGUGCGAGGGAGGGAAAGAGAGAGGGGAUUCGAGAUGUUAAAAGAGACAUGACAAAAUAUCCAAAAAGGAGACGCACGCCGUACCAUGCGCGCUAAAUUUGUGCCCGCUGGAAAUCGAGAUGUCGGAUCGACGGUGACGCGCAUCACCCCAUUUCACGGAGGAAACGAUUUCGCUGGAACUUUGGAACGGAGGGUCCGCGGGGAAACAUGGCCGAAGGAGGGCCGCGCAAAGGUGUCGGGUCACCGCAGAUUCUGGCUGGCUCGGGUUACUGCAAGUGGUUUAAUGUCCGCAUGGGUUUUGGCUUUAUAUCGAUGACCAGCAGCGAGGGGAAGCCAGUGGACCCUCCACUGGACGUGUUCGUUCACCAAAGUAAGCUGGUGAUGGAGGGCUUCAGGAGCUUACGGGAGGGCGAGCAGGUUGAAUUCACCUUCAAGAGGUCGAGUAAAGGUCUGGAGUCGCUCAGGGUCACGGGGCCCGGCGGGGGCCCAUGCUCGGGCAGUGACCGACGCCCCAAAGGCAAGGCCCCGCCCCUCAAACGCAAACCAAAGGGAGACCGGUGUUACAACUGUGGAGGUCUGGACCACCACGCUAAAGAGUGUGGCCUUCCACCCCAGCCAAAGAAGUGUCACUACUGUCAGAGUGUCACACACAUGGUGGCCCAGUGUCCCCAUAAGAGGGCGCUGUCCCCCUCCACGUCUCAGGACCCCCAGCGCCCCUCCACCUCCGCUCAGUCCCAGGAAGAGGGGAGCCGGUCGGGCUCGUCGUCCUCUCCCGAAGAAGCAUCUCAAAGGGGGAGUCACUCCCGGAGCUGGAGGAAAAGCCGGGACUGAAAGCAACCGAAAGGUUCCUCAUCCAGACGAAGCCCAGACCUGAAAUCAUCUACCUCACACGGCUGGGUCACAGAGGAGACCCUCCCUCCCUUCCUUCCUUCCCGUGCAGCUAUGGUAUCAGCCGAUGGGGGUCAUGCGUGUACAUGCGUGUUCUCACUGAGAAAUCACAACAAACUCUGCGACUGGUGUGUGUGUGUGUGUGUGUGUGUGUGUGUGUGGCAAAACAGAUUACACAAAAACAUGAAGCAGUGUUUUAAAAACUCAAGCAUGAAGUCAACAGAUGCUUCUGUUUGCUAGCCAUUUGAUCUCCAUAAUAGUGAAAUGGGCUUUUGAUUGAGUAACAAUGUUUGCCGUGUGCUGCAUAAGUGACGUCAGUGAACUCGUUUCAGAGGAGAAGCAGUGUUGUUAUCUUAACAUACACAGUUAUCACGUUAAAGAAAUAGUUCACCCUAAAAGUAACAAUUUUAUGAAUAUGUACCAUCAGGCCAUUCAAUGUGUAGAUGAGUGUGUUUCUUCCUGGGAAGAGAUUUGGAGAAAUGUAGCUUCACUUUAUUUGUUCAACAAUGGAUCCUCUGCAGUGAAUGGGUGCCGUCAGAAUCAGAGUCCAAACAGCUGAUAAAAACAUCACAAUAAUCCACACCACUCCAGUCCAUCAGUUAACAUCUUGUGAGGUGAAAAUCUGUUUGUAAGAAACAAAUCCAUCAUUAAGACAUUUUUAACCAUUGCUCCUGGCUAAAAUAUGAGUUCUCUAUUAUUUCUCAAUUAUAUUAUUUCCUCUAGUGAAAAGUAAUAAAUUUUGAAUUAAGAGAAACAACCCAAAAUGUUUCUUUAAAAAUAUGUAGGUGGAUUUUUAUGUGAGAGGACAACAGUGGAAGAACUUGUAUACAAAUAUGUUUUUUUUUUUUUUUUUUUUUUUUUACUAGAAGCAAUGAUAUUGAUUAUUGACUCUUAUUUUGGUGAAAGCAAUGGAUUUUAAGAUCCACAAGACAUUAACUGAUGGACUUGACUGCUGUGGAUUAAGUGUGGAUUAUUGUAAUGUUUUUAUCAGCUGUUUGGUCUCUCAUGCUGACGGCACCCAUUCACCGCAGAGCAUCCAUUGGUGAACAAAUGAUUUGAUGCUACAUUUUUCCAAAUCUAUUCAAAUAAAGUAACAAACUCAUCUACAUUUUGGGUGGCCUGAGAGUGAGUAAAUUUCCAGCAGUUUUCCUUUUUUUUAUUAGGAAAGUAAAUAUGAUCAAGUUUGGUGCCCGCAGGGUCCAGCACAGAUUAUUCUGGCUGGCAGUGGUUAAAGUCAAUAACAUUAUUAUGGGAUCCUGAGGAAUUGUGAAUUCGUUUGUGUGUGUGGGUUGUUUUCACAUACAGCUCUCAGAUAAGGUGCUGUCAGCCAGAGUUUGAGAUUAGACUGUAACAGUUGAAGACUAAUAAGAGCCAGAGUGGACUAACUAACUGAUUUAAACGUAUUGCCAUUAUUUAACUGCAGACUGUUCCACAGCUCACAGUGAUUAUUUAAGGCAUCAAUAUAUAUGUUGAAAUCUUAUAAAUGUGAAAGUGUAACUUAUAUAGAGCACAUAGGUAGAUGAAGUUUCGAUUUGAUCUCUCUCCUCUCUCAUGCAUCUCAUGCAGCUUCACUGAAAGCGAUCAGCUUGUGGAGGAAACAAUGCUAUGUCGAAAUUACCACAAUGAUAAAGCUUUUUUCACCACAGAAAAAAAAUCCCUGCCUUGUAAAUGCAUUUAAAUUUAUUUUUAAUAAUAACAUCUCUUAAUCUUCAGCAAAAAAGUGAAUAUAACUAAUGCUUUGCUGAUGUUCUUAAUGAUUGGCUUUCAAGUUCACGCACUCCAGAGUUGAUCACAAACCCUUGUUCAAACUCUAGAUGAUCGAGAACGUUUCUAUUGAGCUUCGUGAGGCCGCUGGGUUGGAUUUGUUUGUUUUUUUCAAGUCUAAACCUACUCCCCUUUGUCUUUUGUCCAUGCUAAUAUACUCCUAAACAAGUUGUUACGCUCUUAUGCAGUGCAUAUGCUUUUUCUCCCGUUCAGCUAAUGAAUGUAGAUGAACUGAAGCCUUAGAUCUGAUCAUUUAAAGCUGCUGGCAGAGAUGUGAAAGUUAAAAGCAAAUCUGCUACAAUCAUCCACUGAACAGUGAAAAAAGUGCACUUGAACAAAGUAAGCAUGGUUUACCCAGAAUGCCACGCUGUAGAGAUUUGCUGUUUAAUGUCUCAAAGUCACUGAAAGCUCCAGUGAAGUGACUGCCAGCAAUAAUUUCAGACACUUUUCAUUCUGUCGACCUUAAAUACUGAUGAACUUUAGAAAUCCAAGAGAAGAACAGUGUUCAUAGAGUGUUAUGGCAGCAUCUCUCAUUUUGUCGUGAUCUGGAGGAAAGGAGGGUGAAUCUCAUGAAACACAGCAGUCAUAUUUGACCUCAAAAGAAAGAAAUUAUGAAUUGAUACAUUUGAUUUAUUUUAAUAAGAAAAAACAACUUUAAAAAGCAUACUUUAAAAUGUAAGACAUUUUUUCUUUGUAUUUAAUUAAGUAUUUCUCCUCACUUCAAUGUCAACAAAUCUCAUUCUUAUUACUGUAAUAUAAGAAAAAUGUACAUUUUAAAUAAUAAUAAUAUAAAAAUUAAAAUAUUUAAUUUCUAAAGUGUUUAUACUUCAAGGUAGUGUUGCUGAUUUGAAAAAAAAUCUUUUUAUUGCAGUAUUUUGCUGUAAAACUAUGAAUUACAGUAAUGUGAAUACAUGAGAAUAAUAGUGAAAAAUACUUAUUUUUAUUCACAUAAAAUCUUAAUUUUUCUUUUGUCUCUAGGGUGAAAUAUGACAUUUGCAUGUUUUUCUGAGAUUCAUCGGGGAGCCAAUCAAAAAUGUCUGUUUUCUGUAGAUAGGAAGCUUUGAACAGUCUUAAGUUUCUGUAUCUCAUCACAUGAGCAGAUGUGUGUGUGUGUGUGUGUGUGUGUGUGUGUGUGUGUGUGUGCGCUCAGGCAGAGAUUUCCGGAAAGAGACACGCGUGCUGCCUCACAUCAUGACUUGAACUGGCGCUCAUCCUCCACUUGAGGUCCUUAAAGACAAGACGACUCCUCUCUGACCGUACUGAAUGUGAUAAAGAUUCAAAGCGAGCUUACAUGACUGUUCCCGGCCGUCGGCUCCAUGGACUUUCCUAUCCUCUGUGUGUUGACAAAUCAGACGGCCCGUGGUAACAUUGGAGGGCGUAAACUAACUGUGUGUUUUGGUAUAGACCUUUAUACCAAAGACUGGCUGUGUUUGAAGGCAUUAGACGUGAAUGUGUGUGUGCGCGCAUCAUACUUAAUCAAGUGCACAGACGAAGAAAAACAAUCUGAGAGAAAGAACCCCACCAGUGACAGACAUGGAUAGCACAGACUCAGAUCCCAAACCUCGUACAGAUUUAUACAGUGUAUUUUUGUACAUUUCUACCCACAAUUCUUCUCAGGAUGAACUUCUCUCAGGGAACGAACCAAAUAAGCGUAUUUGAUGUUAUUCUGUAGGGAAGCGUUGACCAUUAACUGAAUCUAUCGACUGUUGCUUAUCACUCUCGUUCUCGUUCAUUACAACUACCUCCUUCAGUUACACAGUCAUACUUUUCCGUUCGAGUCUGAUGUUUUUAACAAAGCAUUCGUUUGUUUUGUUAGUCUGCGAAAGUAAUAAUUUGCUUUGUGUUUACACAGAAGUCUACCUCAUUUUCUCUCUCUUCAUCUCCAGUUCAUCUCGGUCUGGUCCAGAUGCUGGUCUGGGGCAGUUUGAGUUUUAUCAGAACACUUCUGCUGAAAAUAGGACACCUCAUGUUAUUUUUUUUGUUGUUGUUGUUGUCUCUUUCUUUUAUUUUUAGAGUAACUCAACUAGAUUUGAAUGUGUUGAAACGGUUCAGCGUAAAUCUAACAGAUUCACCCAGCAUAAAACGCUCAGAAUGUUCUCCAGUGCAAAGAUUGUUUAGCAUCUUGUGCCUUUCUUUUCUAUUGUUAUGGCUAGACUUUUAAUCGGGAGGAAGUAUGUUAUCAUUUUGGGGCAUUAGUUUGCUAUAAUAUCAUUCCGGUUCAGUACUAGAGAAGGACUUUAAUACAUUAGCAGCAGUAUUAAAUAUAUAUAUAUUAUAACUACUGAUUUAAUGCUGUUUGAUUGAGAGAUUUGCAGUCACAAAUGCAUCAAGAUCGAUAUGUUUCUUGCCAUCAGAUUGAAGUGAUUUCUGAGCAGAUGGUGGAAAUCAGAUCAAUGUGCGUUUUCUUUGCCUCACUUUUAGCACUGAAUGUAUGAAACUGACCAAAGCCCGGGACUAAUGAACAUAACUGCUGCAAAGUCUUGAUUGUUAUUGUAAUGCCUAAUGAAUCACUGCGCUCUUAAGAAUCAAUCAAAUCCCGUUUUUAUGACAUACCUUUGUUGCCAUGCAGCUGCUGAACUUUGAAGAAGUGUGUCUCUCAGAGAUGUAUGAUAUCUGUGAGUUGAAGAGCUGGUGUGUUUAUGCCCUGUGUAUUUAAACGUUGACGUGCUGUAAAUCAGAGUAUGGUUGAUGAAGUCAGUGAUGUCAUGUAUUUGAGGGGAGACGGCGACGCAGUGGGUCUUUGGUUCAUUAACCCUCAUUUUAACAGUGUCGUACUUUAGUUCUCAGUUCUGCUCUUGAGAUGUAUUUGGAGCGGCGGUCAUGUCUGAUUUUAACUUCAUUAAAGCACUGAUUGCCUCUUA